AUGGAAAUCGCAGAAAUGCUCGAGCGUAGAAGGAUUGACAUCUGCUGCCUUCAGGAAAUGUGUGUCUGUCUGGUCAACUCAAACAAAGAAAAAUAUAAACUAUUCUGGAAUGGUCAAAAGACGGCCAAAAAUGGUGUUGGAAUUUUUGUCAGAGAACCGCUAGCACAAGAAGCGAUCUCAAUGGCCACGUUGGAGAGAAAACAGACGGUUUUGACAACGUACAUGGCGGUUUUGGCUAUGGAAAACAGAAUGAAGAUGGCAACCGCAUCCUUGAGUUUGCUGAAAGUCACGGCAGUGUGUUCAUCUAUCGAAAAUCUUGAAUCUACGGCAUCAAUCACUGGUGUUGGAAAUAUAGAGAUUAUUGAAGUUAGGGUUAGGGGUUAUAAUAACGGUGCUGGUAGUUACGAUGUCAAGAAGUUACAACUAUACGUUUUAAAAACACCGUCGUUACAAAUUGAUUAUUAUGAGCUAGCAUCGUCUGGGGGACUUGAACAACCAUUUUUGUGUGGAUUCUGA